AUGGUAGUGUUGACCCGCGAGUGCAGUGCAAUCAUUCAGCGGAAGGUCAUCUCCGACAAAAAGGAAGAUCCGGGGAGUUUCACUUUGCCCUGCAUGUUGGGACCCCUAUCUUUCAAAAACAGUCUCUGCGAUCUAGGAUCAUCUGUCAGCCUCAUGCCUUUGUCUGUAGCAAAGAGACUGGGAUAUCACAAGUACCAAGCCUGCGGAAUCUCACUAGUCUUGGCAGAUAGAUCGAUAAGGUUACCAACUGGGAUGCUUGAAGACCUGCCUUUGAGGAUAGGGAAUGUGGAAAUCCCCACAGACUUCAUUGUGCUUGAGAUGGAUGAGGAACCAACAGAUCCAUUGAUUCUAGGAAGGCCAUUCCUAGCUACAGCAAGAGCAAUGAUAGAUGUCUGUGAAGGAACAAUUGAGUUAAACUUGGGAAAGGACCUAAGAUGA